UACCUUCCUUCAGAUUACCCUACUUUCCAUACACGUUGCCAACAGCACAAUGGAUAAAUCUAGACGCAGUAUGUCUGAUAGCCUCUAAACGGGAGGGGGGAAAGUGUGCCCUUCCCAAGUGAAAGAAAAAAGUGUUUGGUGUUUCAGAAGCAAGAAAGAACGGUGUGAAGAAGUUAUAACCCAUUAACAGCGGAUUUAAAGAAGAAAAACGCAGUUUCCGUCUAUAUCGACCCGGCCAGUAUAUUGUACGCAAUUUCAUCAUACAGUGAAACUGUGAUUAAGAAGUUAUUGCACACCUAAGUUAGAAGUUGGGAUUUAAGAAGCCUGUGUGGACGGUUUGGAUUUUUGAAAGCUUUACAGGAAAGGAAGGGGUCCACCUUCUUUAUGAAUAUUACGCGGGUAAGGCCCAGGCUGCAGAUUCCAAAGCAUGGGCACCAAAAGAAAGAAGACUUGUUUGACAAUCCAAAACCAAACCUAAAUUCAGUACUUAGUCCAGAUGUGCAGCUUCCACCACCAGAUUUUCCAAAGAAGCCUGAUGCACAAAAGGCAUCUAAAAUUGGUAGAUACAUACUUCUUGACCAACAAGAGGGAGAAACAUUCAAGGCCAUAAACUGGCAGACCUAUGAAGAAUACAUAUGCAAGGUAUUUCCUGUAAAUACAUACAGAGACAAUCUUGCUCCAUAUUGGCAAGUGGAUGACCACGAGAAUAUCAGUUCCAUCUCAGAAAUCAUUCUUGGGGAGACCAAAGCUUACGUCAUUUUUGAGCGACAUUAUGGAGACUUGCAUUCCUAUGUGAGACAGAAGAAGAAACUGCGAGAAGAGGAAGCUUCACAGCUGAUGCAGCAGAUCGUUGCUGCCGUGUUGCAUUGCCACGAAAAUGGGGUGGUGCUACGAGAUCUCAAGCUGCGUAAAUUCGUCUUCAAAAACCAGGAAAGAACGGAGCUUCGUCUGGAUGGUUUGGAAGAUGCCUAUGUUCUGAACGAUGACAAUGAUGAUCGACUAACUGACAAACAUGGCUGUCCAGCAUACGUCAGCCCUGAAAUUCUGAACCCCAACGAGACUUACUCUGGACGUUCCGCAGAUGUCUGGAGCCUUGGCGUGAUGCUGUAUACCAUGAUGGUGGGAAGAUACCCCUUUCAUGACUGCGACCCAAGUGCACUCUUUGGGAAAAUCCGUCGAGGGCAGUUCUCUGUUCCCCCUGUUCUGUCUCCUAAAGCUCGGUGCUUGAUUAAGAAUCUGCUGAGGAGGGAUCCGAAUGAACGGCUCUCCGCAGAUCAAAUCCUCAAACACCCCUGGUUCACAGACUCCUCCAUGUCGGGGGGAUUCGUGACCAUCAUAGACCACAAAAACGUGGAUCAGAUGGUCCCCAGUAUGCUUGUUCAUGAGGCAGAGGACGAUUUCUUUAUUUAAUUGCCUCGUAAGAGACUUUGAAAAAAAAAGAAACUGAGAAAUCAGCUAUCAUUCAAAGCGGGUAGAGCAAAUGAAUGCAAUAUUGAACAUUUUGUUUGAAUACACAUCCAUUAUGUUUCAAUGGUAUGUUUUUUCUGAAAGGACUUGCAAAGGAUCUAUUGCAGCUUUUAACAUGUUGACACAAGAAUAUCAGUUUGGUUAUGGGAAUGAAAAUUUGUAAAACAUUCAACAGAAUGCUUUAGACAUGUGAUCUAGUUGCAAUUGACACAGUUGAAUAAACUGCAAAAAAAGAAGAGAUAUGUGCCAAGUUCAUGUCAUGCGCAAAUGAAGUUAUAAUUGUGUUGUGAAUGUUAUCACCUUACAUAAUCAUCAUAGAAUAAAAUUGCGUAUCGAGUCGCAAGCGUAAGAUCUCCUUUAACUACAUAGGCCAGUUUCUGUGUGGAGUGAAUGUUUGAUUGUGACUUCUGGUUACAAAACAGUGCAAAUGUGUUGCACACGUACAUGUAUAUGUUAAAUGUUGUGUUGCUAACUGUGUAAAAGGGGGCCUUGUGUAUGUUGAAAUACCACAUUCCACAGGCAAUAAGUACAUAGUAAUGUAGAGUGUGUUAGUGAUUUAAUUUAUUUGUAUUUGAUUAAGAAAAGAAGAUGCAAUAUAAAUGUAGUGCAGGACUGCUAUAUGUCGUUUAAUUCUAAGGGAUCUGACAAAUUUCCUCCCAGCAUUUACUUUAAUUUGAUUAAACAAAAAAAGUGUUUAAUCAGUGUUUGUGGGGAGAAAUAUUUUAGAUCCUUUAGACUAGACGGCGGUGGUCAUAUAAUGUAUGAACAAAAAUGUUAGUGUGUUAUGAGUUUUCUAUUGUAUCAAAGGCUUUGUUUUCUAUCAGAUUUUGUCAUAGGUAAUCUGUUGAUGUUCACAUACAAAUAAAAUGUUAAGAAUA